UUUUAAAGAUGGAGUCCCUCCACACAGAAGACCCCGGCUGUUAAUGGUUAACACAUUAAUAAGGGGACUGUUUUUUGGAAGGGAAUAGGAGGGGAGGAAGGAAGGCUAGAUAGAGAGAGAGAGAGAGAGGGGGGAGCGAGGAAGAAGAAGAAAGGGAAGGAUCUGUGGUGAGUGGUGGAUAAGGCGGCUCAGCCCGGGACUCAUACAUGGAAGAAGGGGAGGAGAGGAGGAAGGGGGCUGCGCCGUGACUCUCCGCUCUGACCGGGCAGUGUCAGGCAGUCUGGGUCCAACCGGUGGUCGUGAAACCCCCCGGUGUGUGCGUGUUUGGAUGAGGGUGGUGUUGGUGGUGGUGGUGAAAACCGGUUUUUGAUGCGCGAGAAAGUGACGCGCCGCCCUCCCACCUCAACCCAACGGACACGCUAACCAAGUACUCCCUAUAAAACCUCCACCUCCUCCACCUGUGCUGCUGCUCCUUCUGUCUUUAUUUAUCUGACAUGGCUCUCCCCUGAACCCCUCCUCUGUGUCGGCCAAGUCUCGCGGGAUAUUAAGGACAUUAGAGGGAGAAGAAUCUGAAGUAGCCAAAGAGACUAAGUCAAACAGGAGCCGCCUAUAUGAAGAUGCUGAUGUGUGACCGCGGCGUCCAGAUGCUGGUGACGACGGUGGGCGCGUUCGCCGCCUUCAGCCUCAUGACCAUCGCCGUGGGGACCGACUACUGGCUGUACUCGCGCGGGGUCUGCCGCGUGAAGAACAGCGGGGACAACGACACGAGCCGCAAGAACGAGGAGGUGAUGACGCACUCCGGCCUCUGGCGAACCUGCUGUCUGGAAGGAACAUUCAGAGGUGUGUGUAAGAAGAUCGAUCACUUCCCAGAGGACGCAGACUACGAGGCAGAUGCUGCUGAAUAUCUGCUCCGAGCCGUGCGAGCCUCCAGCAUCUUCCCCAUCAUGAGUGUGGGUCUGCUGUUUCUGGGAGGGCUCUGUGUGGCCGCCAGCGAGUUCUACCGGAGUCGACACAACGUCAUCCUCAGCGCGGGGAUCUUCUUUGUGUCGGCAGGCCUCAGUAACAUCAUAGGAAUAAUCGUCUACAUCUCAGCCAACUCGGGGGACCCGGGUCAGAGCGACAGCAAAAAGUCCUACUCCUACGGCUGGUCCUUCUACUUCGGCGCCCUCUCCUUCAUCAUGGCCGAGAUGGUCGGCGUGCUCGCGGUGCACAUGUUCAUCGAGAAGCACCGCAAGCUACGGGCCAAGUCCCGCACGGAGCUCAUCAAAAAGUCCGCCUUCAGCCGCAUCCCCUCCUACCGCUACCGCUUCCGGCGCCGCUCCAGCGUGCGUUCCUCCGAAGCCCCCAGCCGCGACACCUCCCCGCUGGGGAAAGGCGGCUACACGGGGCCCGCCGCCUCCGAGAUGCCCAUGUACACGCUGAACCCGCGCGAGGCAGGAACCAAACCCGGCGGUGGCGGCGGCAUGGGCGGCCUGCUCAACUCGGAGAGGGAGUUCCUCCAGAGCAGCACGCUCACUAAAGACUACGACAAGGACUCCAACCGCAGGACCACGCCUGUGUGAGAGGUGUGACUGCAGGAAUCAGCCAAUCAGAGCAUCAAAGAGGAGGAUGGUGAUAACUGGGGACACACAGGGUUACGGGGAGGGGGCGGGGUUUGAUAAACUUUGACUGUGAACUGUGAACUUUUAGCCUUUGAACUGUUAAUCCUGAGCCCUGUGCGAGUGUCAGUGUGUGUAGCAGGGUUGGUUCUGAUGGAGAAGUUGUUCCCGACUCCACUUAACCACAUAUCACUGUAACGGUACCUGGUAGUCCUUACGAGAGGAGGCGCGCUCAUAAACCGGCCUCUUUUAGACGGGAGGAGUCAAAAACGUGGUUUCCUGCUCGGGACAACUUCUCCUGAAAUCUAGAAAUAAUGUGAACUACAGGGAGAAGAGGAAAAAAGGUGAGAGACUCGAUCAUCUUUGACCUUUGACCUCUGACCUCCUGACCUUUUGAGCAUCAGCAGAGUUGCAUUAGUGCAGGGAAGCUGUCUCUCAAGCCCCUUUCACACAUGGACGUCCGACGUUUCUUUGGACAAAGUCGGGACAUUCAGAUCCUGAGAUUUUAGUACUUUCAGGAAUUUGCCUUUCACGCCGAGCUCAGAGUCUGACACGGGGUUAGGUGUAGCUACAGGACGAACACAGGAGUGGGGAACGAUAGACGAUCAUCUGAGGUGAGCCGCCGAACUCUGCUCAAUUUGAACAGCAUCGCUCUGUUGUAAUGGAGAGGCUGGACGAAGAUGAAGUUAAAUAUUCGUCCCUUUUCCCUCUCAGUUAUCAUGUGAACGUUUGAUCACAUGUGUGAAAGGGGCUUCUGAUUAUGAUACUGUAUAAAAGUUUGGGAGGAUUCAGGUCGGUUCAUUUUCAGUUCACCUUGGAUCAAAGUGAAGGUGAUGUUUAUGGUUUACGGCAGCACAUUUGUGUCUCUUCUUUUUGUUAUUGUAUACUCUCCGUUCAUAUUUAUGGAUUCAUCAGCUCUCUUUGAAUCUGAACUGAAACUGAAUCGAGCUGGUCCUCGUGACCCCUCAUCUCUCUCUGCUGUUAAACCUAGAGAUCUUUUUUUAUUGAAGGUAAGAGUUUGAUCACCGGUGCUUCCUUUUUCCCCCGUUUUCAGUCAUCUCUCCGUUUCUUUUCACACCCUAAAGAGAUGAUCAAAUCCUUUUUCCGUUCAUGUGUGCGCCUUCACUCGUCACCUUCCACCUUCCACCUUCUCCUGUACAGCCCCAUACCUCAGCACACCUCACUGCCACCCUCUGCAUACUCUCUCCUCCACCCUUUCUUCGUCUGUCUCUCUUUGGGUCCGUGUUUUUUCGUUGGUGUGUUAGACGAGUUAGGGUUUGUGGAGGUUGUUGGUUCAGGAGACCGCUGAGCUGUGAAUAAACUUAAAGGCAGAGCCAAAAGACGCGCAACUAACUGAUAGACACUUUUUGGUUCGACUGCUACCUCUCACUGAAGAACUUUCAGACGGAUUUAGCAUAAAGACAAUUUAUUCUUGUACCAAAACUACAAAUUUUAGCUGCAGAAUUUAAUAAAAUGCUCACUUUGUUUGAAAGUAGACGUCUCUCCUCUCUGAAGGAGGGUCAGUUUGAGUUCAGCUAAAGAGAAAAACACGGCGUUAGAGGGAAUUGGAGGAUGCUCCGAUAACAUUCGGCGUAGAUUUGUGCUCCGUUCAUUCGAGCUGUCACUCACAACCUCUCCUCUUUACCUCACACACACACACACACACACACACACACACACACACACACACACACACAUACACUCUUUGCCACAAACUGGACGUGGCCUCAGUGACGUCACCCAUUGGUCUCUGAACUGACGGCCUCCAUAUUGGCAAAUCUGGCUCCAACUAGAUUUGGGUUGAUCUAGAAACAGGCAUAGAGGUGGUUUUAAGUCUGUAGCCGAGCCCACCUGUCAGACAAACUAGCCACGCCCCCUAAUUAUGCUUAUUAUGCAUAACUAUUAGCCUUAAGAGAAUAUAAGUGGAUGAAGUAUUAAAAUCUAACCCCCACACUUGUUUCUAAUAAAGGAAGGAGGGUUUUUUUUGUACUUUGCAUUAAAUAUGUUACAUUUCGUGAUAAAUUUGGCGUUUAAUUCCAGCUUUUGGGGCCUGCCUCAAGUGGACACUCGAGGAACUGCAGCUUUUUUGCACCUCUGAGUCGUUUAAGUUUCCACACCUGAGGCUACUUCUUGAAUCUUACAGAUCUUUGAUGUGUCUCUUAGCAGUGACAUGACUUUAAAACACCUGAUCAGCUGCAGAUUGUUGAGACACUGCAGCACAAUCAUGCACAAGUGUCUCUCUUUGGAGCUAUAUCUUAGUGGAUGAGCCAAAAGCAUAAUGCAGAUUACAUCAUUGGAAUAUUGGUUUUGCAACGUGACCAUCCUGAUCUAGUUUUUGCAGAGCCAGAUGUAGAUUUGUACAAUAUGCCUGCAUUCCUAUCCAGGUCGCCAUGCUAGCUACUUAUCCAAAGCAGCUAGCCGUUCUCUAAAGAGUUCAUUUUAAUCUAAAAGGUAUUUUUACACAUUGUCACAUUGGUUAUAUUUAGAACUGACCAUUACAACCAAAGCUCUAAUGAUAACUGGAUAACUGAGUGGUAAAGUUUGGUCCUCUUCUCAUCUGAUAGCAUAUGAUCAAAAAGUCGCCCCUGCUGGUCAGAAGAGAGAAUGCAGGUGUAAGACACUUCACUUGUAAACCCUUGUUAAUGUUAGUUCUGGCUAAUAAUUACUAAAAGGGGGGGCUGGUGGUCUAGCGGUCUAAGCGCCCCACAUACAGAGGCCACAGUCCUCGUCACAGGGGUCGCCGGUUCAAUUCCCGACCAGUCGACCAUCUCCUGCAUGUCUUCCCCCCGCUCUCUACUCCCCAUAUUUCAUGUCUCUCUUCAGCUGUCCGAUGGAAUAAAGACAAAAAGCCAAAAAAAUAUAACUUUAAAAAAUAAAAAAUACUAAAAGGUAAAUCCACCAACAAACAUGCACUUUAUUAUAAACCAUAUCAGAGUCCAGGAGACAUCACAUGACACCCACUGAUCCAAGCAGGAGGAGGAGAGGAUGUGACGGAGUGAGAAGGAGGUAAAAAUCCCACAGAAAGGGAUACUUAAAGCCGUGAGGAGAGCGAGCACAAGUAGCAGUAGCAUAACGCUAACUUCUUUCAAACUUUUUCUGGGACCGGGAGAGAAAAAAGUGAGCUCAUAGAAGAAAGACAAACACACUUCUGUUUCUUUCUUUUCCUUCCAAAGCCACCAUUGCACUGUUUUGUACAAACUAAACAUGAAACAACACUAAGCUGAUACGUCUCACCACUCCAUGGAGACCCUGACAAUAAAAUGUUUUUAAACCUCA